AUGGAAAAAAAAAUCUCCAAUCAGGGAGAGAUGGUGAACCUGGUGACGGCAAUAUGGUCACUGUUGCGUUGGCUAAUGAAAAUGUCGGGGUUGAGGACCUACGAGGUGGAGAUAGAGCCGGGGACGAUGAUGAGAUUCUGGGUACCUUCGGAGACCAUUUCGAAGCCCAAGAAUAGCGACGAAAAGCCCAAACUCGUUUCAAAACCUAGCAAGCCAGUGGUGGUUCUCGUCCACGGCUUCUGCGGGGACGGACUUGCGAACUGGCAAUUCCAACUUGGCUCUUUAACUAAAAUGUACGCUGUUUACGUGCCGGACCUCCUAUUCUUUGGCGGUUCCUUCACCGAUAAACCGGAGCGGUCACCGGCCUUUCAAGCGAAGUAUUUGGCGGCGGGGUUAAGGAAGCUCGGGGUGGAGAAAUGCAGUGUGGUUGGGUUCUCAUAUGGUGGGGCUGUAGCGUUCAAGAUGGCUGAGCUGUACCCUGAGCUGGUCCAAGCCAUCGUGAUAUCUGGCUUGGUUUUGGCAAUGAUGGACUCGAUGCUCUUGACCGCAAUGCAAGGGGUUGGGUAUUCUUCGUGUUCGGAGUUGUUAAUGCCAACUUCCGUUAAGGGAGUAAAGUCCCUUCUCGCUGCAGGAACUCACAGAAACCUCUGGUUACCGAGGCGUCUACACAAAGACUUUCUUGAGGUGAUGUACUCGAAUAGGAAGGAGCGAGAUGAGCUGUUGGAGGCAUUUGAAAUCAGCUAUAAAGACAUCAACAUCCCGAAUUUUUCGCAGCGAAUACUUCUUCUUUGGGGCGAGAACGAUAAAAUUUUCAAACUAGAGCUUGCUCAGAUCAUGAAAGAGAAGCUAGGAAAUAAUGCAAGAUUACAAGGUAUAAAGAAGGCGGGUCACCUGGUUCAUCUAGAGCGACCAUGUGUCUAUAAUAGGUGCCUCAAGCAGUUUCUUUCUUCCGCCCUCCCAGGCAUAGAAACUCAUGAUCAAGUUGAGGUACAUACACAAGGCUUCAAAGCAGAAACAAGGGCUGCUCUUGGAGCUCACAACCAGCUCCAACAAAUUGACUACACAAGACCAACGAAAAUGCCACAAAGCUUGGCCCUUUCUUCACAAAGGAAGUUCCUUGAAGCUACACAAACCAAGAAGAUGACUCCACAACCCCCAACUCAACAAGACAACACCUCAAGCUCACUAAGACAGUAA